CAAUAACCGCCAUCAUGUCCAACCGCCCAGAAAGAGAAGACCAAGACCUCUACGACCCAUCGAUCGGGGACAAUGUGGUCGAUGACUCGUACGCGCACGAGACCAAUCCGGCCGUGAGAUACCAGGUUCCCGUGCAGAAAGACGAGGAUGAAUACGAUGAUCCCAUGCAGCCUGGGUAUGCCGACACGUGGGACCAGCUAGAUUGGGAUGAGGAGGAGGCAAUUAACGAAAGUGCUGUUCUGGGUGGUGAUAGUCUGCGCCAUGCAAAGCCCCAGACUGCAAACAAGUACAACGAAGGCCCUAGUGAGGACGACUUGCCUAUUAAAUAUGAUUAAAAGUGGGGGUGUAAUUAUGAUUGCUUGACUUUCGUUGGAUAUAUUGUAUAAAAAUAAAGUGUUCUAUCGUUCUUCGAUCAUGGUGGGCACCGAAGGACUGUUAUAUCUACCAGACUCGUGAUAGAAUCGAGCUUCUUGAGACUUUUGAGUCUGUUUUCCCCGGGCCAGAAAAUGAUGACCCACUUAUUCC